AUGGUCCCGCUCAUACCAAAGCUGGAUAGUGAAGGAAUUGAAAGAAUUCAGCAAUGUAUCAAUGAAGAUGUUGAAAAUGACGAUAUAAAUGAUGAAAUUCAAGAGGACGACAUAAAUGAUAAAAUUCAAGAGGACGACCUAAAUGAUAAAAUUCAAGAGGACGACGUAGAUGACGAAUUUCAAGAGGACGACAUAGAUCUAGAUGAUGAAUUUCAAGAGGAGGAUAUAGAUGGUGAAUUUCAAGAGGACGACGUAGAUGAAGAAUUUAUGGAGGAUGACAUAUCUAACGAAUUUCAAGAGGACGAUCUGGAUGCUUUACUCCUAGAAGACAAACUUGAAUGA